AUGAAUAUGUUUCAAGAUCUAUUGCUAAAAAAAGACUGCAGUUCUGCAUCUCAAUUCUUCGAUCGCUUGCAUACUCAUUUUUGUAAUAAACCUAAGAAAAUUUUGGAUACUAACAAUCUGGAGUUAAUAGAUGAGGAAUUAAUUGAGGAAAUAAAGAGUUUGUCAUUAGAUCUAUCUAUAUGUUUUGGUAAAUCUCUUCGAGACUUAAAGUGCUCUAUAAUGGAUGAAGAAAAUUUAAGAACUCAUGAUAUUUUUUUGAAGUACAAAAGUCAUCGAAAAAUUAUGGUAUCUAAUGUAAAUCUACCAUAUUCACAAUUACAAGAUCGCGAAUAUUCAUCUGUUGACGAAGUAGUAACAGUAUUUAUUCAUUACAUAAAGAGUUUAGGUGCCUAUUUUAAUGAAUUGGAAAGUAUUGACCGUCUCUUCAAGGUAAUGGAACCAGUUAGACCAACUUUCAAAGAUGACUAUCGAAGAAUUUCACUUGAUGAAAGAGUAUGGUUGCAUAUUGAAAUAACUAGUAAUGGCUUAGCUGCAAAUGUUCACUUAGUUGGGCAAUCAGAAGAGUGGCAUGAUAAACUACAGGAUAGACUGCUAUCUUGGGACCAUGAUAAGGAAAUAGUAGAAAAUAUAAUGACUAUAUUUGAUUUAAUGAAAAAAUCACAUCCUUUAAAAGUAAUUGAAAUGAACACAGAUGCAAUUGAUAAAAAAGAAGUGGAAGCUCCUUCAUGUGGUAUAUGUUUUUGUGUAGAGUUGCCUGACAAUCCAGGAGUUCCACAACCAUUGUGCCAAAAUACCAAAUGUGGUGUCUACUUUCAUAAAAGCUGCUUAUUUCAGUGGCUGGUCGCGUGUGAAGGAGGUCGCAUACCAGCUUUUGGUGUUGCAAAUGGCAGUUGCCCCACCUGUCUUCAGCCAAUUACAUGUAGUGAAAAAGAUAGU